AAUGUUUGGGGGUGUCCUUUAGGCCUUCCCAAAGGCUCACAUGUAGCUCUGACUCUGACCCUUUUCCUUUCGUUCCUUCUACUUUGGACUGUCUCUCGCUUCUCUCUCUGUUCUUCCGUUCUCUCUCGUACACACACUUGCACAAGGCACAGAGAGAAUUGGUGAAUUAGAGAUUGCAAAGGGAAGAUUAAAGAUGAAUUUGAGAGUGAGCAACUGGGGAGGCAGCGGCAUCAGCUAUAGGAUGAUGCCAUUGCAAAUCCCGUCGUCUUGCACGGGUCCGCAUUUCGUCAAACACGAGGAGGCCCUUCUGCAAAACUCGCUCAAAUUGCGAAGGAGGAGAGGAUUGGGGAUUGUGGCGUCAAGCAAAGUGGUUUCUCCCUCGGUUUGGGACGAUUGGAAACCCGCGAAAGGGUCUUCAAUCCCUUGCCUCAGCGACAUUGUGUGGCCCUCUGCAGGGGCAUUUGCCGCAAUGGCCUUAUUGGGAAAGAUGGAUCAGAUUCUGGCUCCCAAAGGGCUUUCCAUGACGAUUGCGCCUUUAGGUGCUGUUUCUGCUGUUCUCUUCACCACUCCCUCUACUCCUGCUGCUCGGAAGUACAACAUGUUCAUGGCGCAGAUAGGCUGUGCAGCCAUAGGCGUGGUGGCAUUCACAGUUUUUGGGCCAGGAUGGCUAGCCAGGAGCGUGGGACUUGCGGCCUGCGUAGCUUACAUGAUCUGGACUCGGGCCAUGCAUCCUCCUGCUGCCAGCCUUCCACUGUUGUUCAUUGAUGGAGUUAAGCUUCAUCACUUAAACUUCUGGUAUGCUCUCUUCCCUGGAGCCGCUGGAUGUGUUCUGCUCGCUUUGAUCCAAGAGGUGGUGCAAUACCUGAAGGACAACCUCAAAUUUUGAUCUCUGUACAUUCCAAAGACCAAACCACACAUCUGUCCUGAGCGAACAGGAUCUCUUUCCUCCUCAUUUCUUUCAAAAUCUAGUUCCAAGGGAGAGGGAGACCAUUCCUUGAUCACAAGUGUAAGUAGUGAGGUACAGAGUCCAAAACAAAAUAAAUUUUUUAUCUUACGGGUUGCAGGUUUGGGUGAAUUUGUAAUGGGAUUUGGGCCUUGGGCCCCUAUUGUACAAGAAAGAGAAAACAAAAUAAGUAAAUAAAAAAGGCACGUCUUGCAAUAAGCAAGGCUCUAAAUGGGAAAUAGAUUGAUUAAAGGAUGAUGCAAAGCGCCACCAUCAUGGCCAGUUGGCGUUUGAGUGACCUGAUGAUGGUGGUGCAAACACUGUAUUGUUGUUCAUGGAAAUGAUUGGACCCAAACAACAUUGGACAAUAAUGAAUUGGCUGCUAAGGAGUGCAUCUAACAUCAGCUUUUGCCCACUUAGGUUGACCAAUGUAAGUGAUUUGAGGUGUCCAAUUCAACAUGUCAGGAACAAAAGUGGAUUAUUAUUAUUAUUCCGCAGUCAAA